AUGCUCUCUUCGAUGCUUUCCCGCCCCAAGAUCUCGGUCACGUUGGCCCAAGACACCGUCUACGUGCACCCGACGUGCAUGGACGACGAGCCGUGGCAGGACAACGCGCCCUGGCAGGACAACGCGCCCUGGCAGGACAACGCGCCCUGGCAGGACAACGCGCCCUGGCAGGACAACGCGCCCACGUGGGAGCCGAUCGUCUCGGGGACCGUGCUGCUCUCGCUACCUUCUCCCAGAACGGUACAUCGGAUCAAGGUCGUCCUCGAAGGAUUAUGCGAUGCUUUCGGUGAGUUCAGUAUCCCUGCGGCCUCUUUGUCUCGGGGUUUGAGGAAUUUGACAUCGCGUCCGAGGCGUCCUCACUGACGCUCGAGUCAAAGCGUCCCGAGUAUGGACGCCCGACACUGUGGCCUCGGCUCCGGGCUCCGAGCGCUGAAGGCUCAAAGAAAUGGCGGGGCACAGCAAGUCUUAGAUGACUGACCAGGCCUUUGCAUACAUCCAAAAUGGUCAGGUGGCUAUGAAUCGCGUUACGAAACCUCGACGACGUUGCACAAGGACGUUUUUGUCGACCUCAACGGGGAGAUGCUGCCUGCAGGAACCUAUGCGUGAGCACCUCUUUCACCAUCUUGCACCUCCCUCGACGUGACAUAGUACCUGAUCCAAAGUUCGGCGGUACUACAGCUUCAACUUCAGUUUUAUCAUCCCUUCGACUACAGCUGUAUAUCAAAAGUGUAACUUCGGCCGCGUACGACAUUCUGUCAAAGCCACGGCCUAUUUCACAGGGGCUCUAGCCGGCAACAUCUCGACACCCCCUGUGGCCAUGUUCGUCGUAGCCAAUCCAAGCCGACCCGGAGAGCUCCCACUACCGACCAACAUCGACAUACAACAUAUCAAUGAACAUCUCGGACCGGUAGGGAUUCAGAUCAACUCGCCCCAUCUCACGGUCGCGAGUUUGCUUAGCGUACGAGUCGCGCUUCCAUCCCCACCCGCGCCUGUCGAAAUCAAGUCGAUCAACUCGAGCAUCCACCAGACUUAA